UCGACCGAGGUGGUUGUUGUACAAAAGGGAGGAAAAAUGUGUUCUCUAACAGAAAAACGUAAAUUGAAUUAAUAUCAUGAAUGUUGGGAAUAAUAUAAGCUUAAGCGUACAGUCUUUGGUCUCAUGACCUUUUAAUGUUUAGCUGCCAUUCCAAUAAAACAUAAGCCAAAUGGGUGACGUUGUAAGCUUAUUUUCUGUGAUAAUAAUGAAAUUUAAAUCUAAGUUCAAUGAAAGUAAAAUUUAUUUCCACUAUGAUCUUCCCUGGCAAAAGCUGAAAUCCGUGAAGUGGAUGAAUGAAAGGGCUACGUCCAACAAGGCCUAUGUGCCAACCACAGUGGAGAAUGUGGCAAACGUGUGUACACACGCACUUUGCGUGGCGCCCGCGUCGCUUGGUGCGCGGGAGCUGCUAACGCGGUCCGUCAACGCGCCGCAAGCGAUUGCCGCGGUGGUGUACGGGCUGGCCCUAUGCCUCCUUUUUGCAGUCUCAACCACCUUCCACUCCGUAUGCUGCUGCCGAUCUGACACUAGAAUGAAGCACUUCCUCCACCGCUGCGACCGGGCCAUGAUAUACAUCUUCAUAGCGAGCUCGUACUUCCCCUGGCUAACUGUCGGGACAUUAUCCUGUUGGAUGCUCCGGGAACUUCGCUGGGCCAUCUGGCUGCUGGCGGUGCUAGGGAUCACCUACCAGCAGAUCUUCCACGAGCGGUACAAGAUGCUGGAGCUGCUUCUCUACCUCGUCAUGGGACUGGGACCCGCUGCCAUAAUCAUCACCUCCAACCACCAGUUCCCCGCGAUGUACGACCUGAAGCUGGGCGGCAUGCUGUACCUGAUGGGCGUGUUCUUCUUCAAGUCGGACGGACGCAUCCCCUUCGCGCACGCAAUAUGGCACGUGUUCGUGGCCCUCGCCGCCACGGUCCACUACCUCGCCAUCCUCCGACACCUCUUCCCCGAACUCAAAUCCUAAAGACUGCCCGAAUCUCCUUCUAGAGCUCUCUACCUAUUUUUGUACCCCAACUCGACCGCAAGGCCGCAGAUUAAACAAUCUAACAAUCAGCGAUCGCCACCGGCCGGACCUUUGUACACCAAUCUGAGCCUUUUAUCCACUCACUUGACGAUCGAGCACGUACAUCAUUCCACUUGACUCCUUUCCAUGCUGUCGGAUUGACCUAACGCGUUUGCAUAUCUACCUACCUGUGCCCUUUAACUGUAAGCAACUAUAGAUCUGAUUACCAUACUCAUAGUCAUUUUAGAGAUAGGCAUCGAUUUUAUCGAUUGCAGAGCUGAUAAUUUGGUAAUUCGUUUCGUGGCAGCGAACAGCAUGGAAGCGUUCGGCCAAAUAUCUAGUUAUGAUCGAAAUGUGUGUAUAUUUUGUAAGAUAUUGUUGAACUUAUUGUAUUGUUGUAGCGUUGUAGUCGUAUCUCAGAAUCUCGAGACCAAUCCAACCCUUUUAGAGUACCUAUAUAAAUGUAACGGGGUUUUUAGAAACGUUUAUACCUAUUCUUAUAUAUAUCCAGUUUUUUUCAGCGAGAUCUUUUAUACACCUCAAUGUGACUUUUCCCUAGGUUAGUUGGUUAUACAUUUUAGCGUAGCUAGUUCAAUGUACCACUCUUAUCUAUCUGAUAGGUUUUAAAUUUUAACGGUCAUGAAAAUCCUAUACUUAUCGUAUGUUUUUCCUCACUACCUACUUAUUUAAUUAGACUUAUUUAUUGUCCCAACAUAGAUUUGUUAAGAAUUGCUCAAUCAUUCAUGUGAAUAGGUAUUUUUUGCUAGACUUCCAAAUUGAAACUAAUAUUAGGAUUUUAAUGGAACCUUCGCAAUUUGUGAGUCGAAUUUUAUGCCAUACUGUUACUAACCUACUUACUAAUAAUGAUGUGAUGCGAGAGAUCACUGUGCAUUGUUCGCGGGUGGUCUGAUACAAGAACAAUCGAUUCUGUUUGAAGUGGGACGGAGUGACAUCAAUGCGCCUCGCAGUUCCAACUGUCGGACGAUUCUCAACGAACGAUUCCUCAACAACACACCAUUGUGUUGUAAAACAGUUUUUAACUAAACUGAAUUAUUGAUUUACCUAAUUUAAAUCAAAGGAUUGUCCAGACCGAUGAAUCGACAAUUUAUUAUUUAAUUCUAGUCAGUUUGCUACAAACAUAUUUGUCGAAAUAGCGUGAUAUUAUUGAAUCUAUUGUAUGAAACCCGAUCGUUACCUACCGGCUAGUCUGGCAAAUGAAGGGCUGGAAUCGAAAUAUCAGACGGAAAUAUCAUAGUUAUUUAUAGUAGUUAGUCGAGAAACACUGCGACAGAUUAUAUUGAACUAUGUACCAUAAACUUUCAUUUGCCAAGCUCAGCCUUACAACAUAUUUUCGCUAU